CUGAGAAAAAAAGAACGCACUGGUGAGCACUCCAACACAAAAAGGCCUCGACGUCCACGGAAGACAACAGUGGUGCAUGAUCGUAGGAUCUUUUCCAUUGUCACAACAUCCAGCCAUGUGAAGAACACUCUUCAGGAGGGGCAUAUGCAAGUUAAAUUGCCUAAUAGCAUGUGGAGCUCUGCACACAUGUAUUUCCUGAAUGUUGAGCAAAGAGAACAAAAUUGUCUACAAAAGGAAACUGCAGAAUCCCACCAAGAGAUCAUCUCCAUGUUGCCUCGAAAUGAGUCUCUGCUCAGGAGCAGAUGAAGUGAUCAUAGUGCAAUUUGGCGGCCAGAGAUGAAGACUGAACACUGAUCAUGAAGGUCAGAGCUUGCAUAAGAAAGGUGGUCAGCAUGCGCCUCACAAAGUACAGAAUCAUCGUCAUCUUCUUCAUCGUCCUCUCUCAGGCUGUGUUUGGCUUCAUCUUUGUGCUACGCAAGAUGGAUUUCCUGGAGCAUAAAGUGAAACCCACCAUCCCAGCCCCAGACCGUGACAUCAAUCAAGUCUUCUGCACUUUCCAAUCACUGUCCAAGGAAGAAUCUCUGGAGGAACGCCUCCUACUAGACUCCAUUGCUUGGCCUGAAACUCCAGUUCUACUAGAUCCUCUUUCCCUGGAGCAGACCAGUGAUCCUGCAAACAGCAAAUUCAUCAUUCUCCCAGGGAGAGGAGGAGGACGUUGGCAUGUAGGGGAUCAGCUGGAGAUUAUGAUUAAAAUGUAUGACUUCCAGGGCCGUCCCAAGAAGUCUGGGGGAGACGUCGUACUCACCAGGCUGCACAACCUGAAGCUUGGUGCAGGUGUGGCUGGACAAGUGGUGGAUCAUCUCAAUGGCUCCUACUCUGCUGUGUUCUCUUUACUCUGGGAAGGAAGCGCACAGGUUGAGGUGAUGCUGGUUCACCCUAGUGAGGCUGUCACAGUGCUGCGCAGGCUGACCAGUGAACAGCCAGACAGGGUUUAUUUCCACAGCCUCUUCCGUUCUGGCUCUCUUUCUGAAACUACUACCUGUAACGUCUGCCUACGUCCAACCCAGCAGCCGCUGUGCAAUUACACUGACCUCCGUACAGGCGAGCCUUGGUUCUGCUACAAGCCAAAGAAUCUCAACUGUGAUGCCAGGAUCAGCCACUCCAUGGGAGGAUUCAAUCAAAACCUCAAAGCCGAGGAAGAGAAGCUCUUUCAAAGUGGUGUCAACAUGAAGGUCUCUAUUCAGGCUUCAGGACCUGCCAAUGUCACAGUGUUGCCGAAAAAGAAAGGUAAACCGGAGGUGAAGAGCAGCAGUGUGAAGUCUGGACCCUCUGGCUAUUACUACCAGGGUGCGUGGCGAGCACUAGGUGGAAUCAUGGUCAACCAAUUCAACACCUCGUCUGCUAUCAGUCAGUGUCUGAAAGGCAAGAAGGUCCACCUGUAUGGAGACUCCACCAUCAGACAGUGGUUUGAACACCUCAACGCAGCACUGCCAGAUCUUAAGGAGUUUAACCUGCACAGUCCAAAGCAAGUUGGACCUUUCAUGGCCUUGGACUAUGCAAACAACAUCUUGGUGACGUAUCGCUGCCACGGUCCUCCUCUCCGUUUUGGCAACGUCCCAACCACUGAGCUGCGUUACAUUGCCAAUGAACUAGAUGGGUUAACUGGAGGCAGCAACACUGUUGUAGUUAUUGGCAUCUGGUCUCACUUCAGCACUUUCCCCAUGGAGCUCUACAUACAGCGGCUGCAGAGCAUCCGCAGGGCGGUGGUGCGGCUGUUGGUCAGGGCUCCAGACACACUGGUCGUCAUCCGGACCGCGAACCUCAAAGCUUUGACACUUUAUGAGACGCUGACCAACAGCGACUGGUACUCACUGCAGCGUGACAAGGUGCUCAGAGCCGUGUUCAAAGGACUGAAUGUUCGUCUGGUGGACGCCUGGGAGAUGAGUCUGGCCCACCACCUGCCACACAGCCUCCACCCACAGCCUCCCAUUAUUAAGAAUAUGAUUGAUGUUCUCUUGUCCUACAUAUGUCCUCAAAAGGGCGGUUAGAUGUGUGUGUUAGGGGAGCGGAAUGGGGAUGCAAAUAUAUAGUCUGAGUUUACACAUUUUUCCAUCAGUAUUCCAUGCACAGCUAAGUGCACUUUUUCUAACUUAUUUACAUCCAAGGAAUUUUGAGUGAGCACAAAAGAAACAUAACAGGAUAGUAAUCAGCUACAAGCCAGGUUGGGAUCAGGUAUUUCAAAUAGCUACUACAAAUUACAAUAGGCUGGGACACGCAUCCCUAAAAUGUUUACAUCUAAAGAUAACCUGUGCUCUGCUACCGUGUAUAAUGUGGUGACUGUAGUUCACCAUAGUUUCUUAAAGUGCAAUUAGUGAUAGCGUUGUGAUUAUUCUAAACAAAUAUGUACAAAUAUACUUUUAGCUUCAUGGGAAUGUACAUUUCUAGAUGUAACAACUCACCAUUUCAUCUUGUCACCCCCCCCCCCCCCUUUACAGUCUUUACGCUAAGCUAACUGGCUGCUGGAUGCAGAGUGGUAUCGAUCUUCCAAUCAUUCUCUUGGCAAGAGUGAAUAACCCUAUCUCCCAAAAUAUCUCAUGUGUGUGUCUGUGUGUCAGACUCAGUGACCAUACCUUGCAAUUGAAAAAGGGAGGCAUAAAAAGUCUGGGUUACCUAAAGAAUAUAGAGUAUGUGAGCACUGCACGAUAUAUUGCGUGUGUGUAUAUAUAUGUGUGUGUAUAUGUGUAAUAUAUACAUAUGAUAUAUCAAUGAUCAGAUGAUUGUGAAUAAAAAUGCAACAAUCAUUCAGCAAAUGAUUAAACAUAUGACAACAAUGUGGAUAAUACACAAGAAAGGACCAUUGACUAUUACAGUUAAAGUAAACAACUCAUUAAAACUAAAUAAUAUAUUUAUUUCUGUCCCUCUCUUAGCCUUUUCCACACAUGGUUCCUUAGCAGCUGGUCAAAUUGCUAACUUGAAAUAUAGGCUGUGCCUCAAUUCAGGGGUAGAUCCCAGUUAUUUCCCACUUUUUGAACACUUCUCUGCUCCCCAGAUGUCUCAGUGUUGUAAGCCUUGGAUGUGUGAGAAGUACCAGACUCUAGCCUGCAUUAUUUCAGAUGAUUCUGACUGACUGUGAUUGUGACUGUUUUCUUUCUGACAGUUACAAAAACUCGUACUGUCUCAAAAUGACUGCUGGGAUGAUUUAUACACUAGAGACUGUUAUCCCACACGGUGGAAGUUUCAGACUGAGAUGCUGGUGCUCUAGUGUGACAUUUAAAUGCAGUGAAUUUACUUUAAACUGCUGUUAAAACUGAUACUGUUGUUGACAGAGUUGUAUACUUGAGCAACAGCUCAUGACGGGCCAUGGUAUACGUUUAUUAUAGCAGUUAAGGGGCAUUGUUCGGCCUAUGUUUUACAAAUCUGCAGCAUAUUGUAGUUAUUUCGGCAUUAGUUUCAUUGCUAUUAAAUCUCAGCAAAAUGUUUACUUGCGGUUCAUACAGCUGUAGUAAUGGCGAGUUGUGCUUAUUGUGUGUAAACACUUGGCAGUUGUCCAGCGAUAAAACUCCCGUGUGGAAAGCUUUGCAAGGAUUAAAUUCGCGAUAGGUCUGAAUUUUGUAUAUCACGGCCUGAAGUGAGCUAUUGCUUUUAUAAAACGGUUACCAAGUAUGGCAAAAACAGUAGGCUAACAGACGCACUACAAUUUGACUUUGUUUUAUUUCAUCAAAAGACAUUUCUUUAUGAAUACAAAAAGUAGUUCCACCAGUGGUGCAUGACGGUAAUGUGGUUAUACCUGGUUGUUUGUUGAUGGAAAGUAGGGAAACAUAACUUCUUAGGUGUUGCACUUUCUAGGAUUAUGUAUAAACGAACUCAUCGUAAA